CUCUGGGCGGGAACGGCCUCAUUUCUCCCGCCAGCAGCCUGAGGAGGGGAGGGCAGCCAGGGCCAGGCCUCUCCUCCUUCCCCCCUGAAGCCGCCGCCAUGUCGCGCCAGAGCAGCCUCCUCAACUUCUUCCCUCCUUCGCGGGGCAGGAAGAGAGGCGGCAGCGACGCCGAGGAGGAGGAGGACAUGGAGGACUUGGAGGACGCCCGGCGGCGCUCCGGAAAGGCCCCCCGCAGCAAGCGGGGCAGCAACAGGGCCCCGCCGGCCGACUGUGACUUCUGUGAAUUUACACCUGGUGAUUUAGUUUGGGCCAAGCUUGAAGGAUAUCCAUGGUGGCCAUCUCUUGUGUACAAGCAUCCAACAGAAGGAAUACUUUUCCGGGGCAGAGGAAGAGCAUCUCGCAUCCAUGUACAAUUUUUUGAUGAUGACCCAUCGAGGGGCUGGGUUAGCAUUAGAUACAUAAGACCCUAUGCAGGUUCUACAGGCAGAGAUACCCAGAGGGGAGGUGUGUUUUACAGUUCAAAGCCUGAGAUUAGAAGAGCAAUGGAACUGGCGGAUGCAGCUAUGAAAAAAGAUAAAAGUGAGCGACUUGAUCUGGCAGUGUGUGACAAACCUUCAGAAAGUGAGGAGGAAGAAGAGGAAGAUAUGGAGCAGGUGAGCGAUGAGGGUGAUGAAUUUUCUGCAACAAAGGAAGUGAAACAUAAAAAUAAAAGGACAGCUGGACGACAGCGACAUCAUGGAAAAACCAAGAAGAGAAAGAUUAUGGAUUCAGACAGUGAUAAUGAAGGUUCAGACAUGGAGUUUAAGCCUGAUGAAGCCAGCAGUGAUGAAAAUAGUGUUGGAAUAGGUGACAGUGAAACUUCUGAAUCUGAGAUAAACUCAGAAAAGAAAGUAAAACGUCCCAUUAAAGUCCCACCUAAACACACCAUUAAACCAACACAGGAAAAGGAAUACAGACUUCCCCAGAAGGAAUAUCCUAAAAAUGAUGUUCCUGAAACUCCCAUCAGAGAAAUUAAUCUUUCCUCUGAGAUUCUGUAUAAGUUAGCAUCUUAUGCAGCUCCUGAAUGCUAUGAUUAUCGAGCAAACAUUAAUGGAGGAGGAGAUACUCCAGCUGUGUGGGAACAUGAUAAAAUUGAGUGGCUCCAAGAUGGUAAGCGGAAAGAUGGUCGUAGGAGACGGCAGAAUGAUCCAGAAUAUGACCCAUGUACUCUUUUUGUGCCAGAGGACUACCUUAGAAACUGUACGCCAGGAAUGCGGAAGUGGUGGGAGCUGAAGAGCCAGAACUUUGACUGUGUUAUCUUCUAUAAGGUUGGAAAAUUCUACGAGUUGUACCACAUGGAUGCUGUUGUUGGGGUUAACAAGCUUGGAUUGGUGUUCAUGAAAGGCACUUGGGCUCACUCAGGUUUCCCAGAAAUCGCCUUUGACAGGUUCUCAAAUAUCCUAGUCCAGAAAGGUCACAAAGUUGUCCGUGUUGAGCAGAUGGAGACUCCAGAGAUGAUGGAGGCACGCUGUAAAUCCAUGUCUCACCCAACAAAAUUUGAUAGAGUUGUGCACCGAGAAGUAUGUAGGAUAAUUUCCAAAGGGACACAAACCUACAGUAUUCUGGAUGGUGACUUUUCCGAAACUCAUAACAAGUACCUUCUUUGUGUGAAAGAAAAAUGUGAUGAUUCUGCUGGCAUCCAUCGUACCUAUGGGGUGUGCUUUGUCGAUACAACGGUUGGAAAGUUCUACUUAGGGCAGUUCCUGGAUGACCGCCAUAGUUCAAGGUUUAGAACUCUUUUGGCUCAUAAUACUCCUGUUCAGAUUCUCUUUGAGCGGGGGAACCCCUCUGCAGAAACACAGAAGAUAAUGAAAAGCUUACUUCCUUCUACUGUGCAAGAAGGUUUGACUGCUGGUUCUCAGUUCUGGAAUGCAUCCAAAACGCUAAAAACUCUCAUCGAGGAAGGCUACUUCCAGGACAAGGAAAAUUCAAAUAGUGGAGCGGUUCUUCCUCCAGUAAUCCGAUCCAUGACUGCAGAAAGUGACUCAUUAGGACUUACUCCUGGGGAAAACAGUGAGCUUGCUCUAUCAGCUCUUGGUUGUUGUGUUUUCUACCUUAAAAAAUGUAUUAUUGACAAGGAAAUUUUAUCAAUGGCAAAAUUUGAAGAAUAUGUUCCUGUGGACAUUGAUAUUGGAAAAAGAACAAAAUCAAGUAGUAUCUUUGCUAAAACAAAUCAGAGGAUGGUGCUGGAUGGCGUGACUCUAGCAAACCUGGAAAUACUGGAGAAUGCCACUGGUUCAGCAGAAGGCACAUUACUAGAAAGGAUUGACACAUGUUGUACACCUUUUGGGAGGAGACUUCUGAAACAGUGGAUCUGUGCACCAUUGUGUAAUCCUUGUGCUAUCAGUGACCGCCUCGAUGCAAUCGAAGACCUCGUGGCAGAAGCUGCCAAAAUGUCUGAAAUCCGGGACCUUCUUAAAAAACUCCCGGACCUUGAGAGGCUUCUGAGCAAAAUUCACAGUAUUGGAUCUUCACUUAAGGACCAGAACCAUCCAGACAACAGGGCUGUUAUGUAUGAGGAAGCCAGGUACAGCAAGAAGAAGAUAGUAGACUUCUUGUCUGCAUUAGAAGGAUUUAAAGUGGUUGUUGAAGUUAUCUCAAUUUUGGAGGAUAUUGUUGGUGGUUUUGCAUCCAAAACAUUACGACAGACAGUGACAGUCAAAUCUAAAAACCCAGAAGGCUUUUUCCCAGACUUAAAAGCAGAACUUGCAAAGUGGGAUGCUGCCUUUGAUCAUACUACUGCACGUAAAACUGGUGUGGUUAAUCCACAACCUGGGUUUGACUCUGACUAUGAUAAAGCUUUAGAGGAUAUAAGUGAUGUUGAGGAACGCCUUCGCCAGUAUUUGGAAGAGCAGCGCAAACGACUUGGGAUCAGAGCCAUGAUGUAUUGGGGAGCAGGCAAGAAUCGUUAUCAAAUGGAAAUUGCAGAAACUGCAGUGCCUCGAGACUUACCAGAUGAAUAUGUGUUGAAGUCUAGCAGAAAAGGCUAUAAGCGUUACUGGACCAAAGAUAUAGAGCAGAUGCUGACUGAUAUUGUCAAUGCAGAAGAUCGAAGAGAUGCUGCACAGAAAGCUUGUAUGAAAAGGUUGUUCUAUGACUUUGAUAAAAACAGCAGAGACUGGCAAACGGCAGUAGAAUGCAUUGCAGUUCUAGAUGUCCUAUUGUGCCUCGCUCAUCACAGUCAGGGAUGUGAUGGACCACUGUCCCGACCUGUAAUACUGCUGCCAGAAGACAACACCCCACCAUUUUUGGAGCUCAAACAUUCACGCCACCCUUGCAUCACGAAAACAUUCUUUGGAGAUGACUUCAUUCCUAAUGAUAUCUUCAUAGGUGUAGAGGAUGAAAAGGGAAACUCUGAAAACAAGGCCCCCUGCGUUCUAGUGACUGGGCCGAACAUGGGCGGAAAGUCUACACUCAUGAGACAGGCUGGCCUGUUGGUAAUAAUGGCCCAGUUGGGAUGUUUUGUACCUGCUGAGUCUUGCAGGCUCACUCCUGUCGACAGAGUGUUCACCAGAUUAGGAGCUUCAGACAGAAUUAUGUCAGGGGAAAGUACAUUCUUUGUGGAGCUGAGUGAGACUUCCAGUCUGCUACAGCAUGCAACAGAACAUUCCUUUGUUCUCAUGGAUGAACUUGGCAGAGGUACAGCAACAUUUGAUGGAACUGCCAUCGCAAGUGCAGUUGUCAAAGAACUUUCAGAGAGUAUUAAAUGCCGCACAAUGUUUUCAACACACUACCAUUCUUUAGUAGAGGAUUAUUCUCUCAGUCCCUCUGUGCAAUUGGGACACAUGGCAUGUAUGGUGGAAAAUGAGAGCGAAGAUCCUAGUCAAGAAACAAUCACUUUCCUCUAUAAAUUUGUUAAAGGAGCUUGCCCUAAAAGCUAUGGUUUUAAUGCUGCAAAGCUUGCUAACAUUCCAGAAGAAGUUAUUCAGAAGGGUCACAAAAAAGCAAAGGAAUUUGAGAGAAGUACUGUCUCGUUGAAACUGUUUAGGAACCUUUGCCAGAUGGCUGAUGCCACACCACCAUCCCGAGAUGGUCUUAAGAAAGUUCUGCUUCAGGUUUGAGAAACCCUGUAUAGUUUCUACAGCAGUUUUGAAAGGCAGUAUGCUUGACAACACAAUGAUCUAAUAAACUUUAUUUUUUAAAAAUGA